ACAAGCUACGGCUGGGAUUUACUGGAUGCCCUUCCGACAAGGAGGCUGCACUUGGACUCCUCUAGGACCAUGCCCAUGCAUCGAGACAUGGGCUUUCGCACUCAGACCUGGUCCAGAGGAACCGCUUCGUCCCUCAAGCAGAGUCCGCUAUCUGCCGCCCUGCUUCAGAGGCCCUCGGACAGCUUGCAGCUCUAUCAGUCGGGAGCCUUCUCUGAGGAUCACAGCGCGGUCAGCCUGAAUGAGAAGCUGCUACUGCAGGGGCUGAACGACCGCUUCGCCGGAUUCAUUGACAAGGUCCGGCAGCUGGAACAGCAGAAUCAGGGGCUGGAGACGGAGAUCGCUGCUCUGAGAGAGAGCCAAAGCAACCGAUCUGGCCUCGCCAGCGUCUACGAACCUGAAAUGUUAGAGUUACGAAACCUCCUCCUGGAGACUGAAAACCAGAAGACACAGGUUCUCCUGGAGCGAGACCACCUGAAGGAGAAAGUCCAGCGGCUAAAGGAAAAGUUCGAGGCCGAGGUACAAGCUCGUCUGGACACCGAGGCGAGCCUGCAGGCUUGUAAGAAAGACCAGGGCAACAGCAACCUGGUGAGGCUGGAGCUGGAAAGGAAGGUGCAGUCUCUGACGGACGAAAUUCUUUUUCUCAAGCAGAACCACGAGGAAGAAGUGUCCGACCUGUUCUCUCAGGUCCAAGCUUCACAGGUCGGCGUGGAAAUGAAGGAUUUUACCAAGCCCGAUUUGGCCGGAGCCCUGAGAGCGAUUCGAUCGCAGAUGGAAGGAUGCGCCAGCGUUAACAUGCAACAGGCGGAGGAGUGGUUCACCUCCAAGGUAGCCAAACUCAACGAUGCAGCAGCCAUCAACAAGGAGGCCCUACAGAGUACCAGGCAGGAGAUCAGCGAGUACAGUCGGCAGCUUCAGUGCAAGAACAUCGAACUAGAAACACUGAGAGGCCGGAAGGAGUCUCUGGAGAAGCAGCUGAGUGAUGCUGAGGCCAGGCACGACGGAGAAUUGAUCCGGUACCAGGAUGCCAUCCAACAGCUAGAAAACGAGCUUAAAAGUACGAAGCAGGAAAUGAGCCGCCACCUGAGGGAGUAUCAAGACCUGCUAAACGUCAAAAUGGCCUUGGACGUGGAGAUCGCCUCCUACAGAAAACUCCUUGAAGGGGAAGAGACAAGAUUUGGUGACUUCACUCCCUCAACAUAUACAUAUAAACCACAGCCUAUAGCACACACAGCUUACGUGACGACCAAGACAAAAGCCACCUCCACAAAGGUUAUGCCUCAAUACAGGUUUGUAGAAGAAAUCAUUAGUGCAACAACAAAGGAAAUUAAUAUGGCAGAAUUCGAAGCUGUUGACUACAAGCCAGUGGAUGAUCAGGAAGUAAAACCAGAAGGUGAAGCAGCAGAGAAAGAGGAAGGUGUGGAGGAGGAAGAUGGCAAACCAAAAGCAUCAACUGGAGAGGAGGAGCAAGAGGAAAAGGAAGCCGAUGAGGCAGAAGAUAAAGGUGUGGGUGAACAGGAACCAGCAAAGGAGGCUAUUGAUGAAGAAAAGGCUGAAGAUAAGGAUGAAGAGAAGGUUGAAAAGGCUGAAGAGGUUGAGAAGGCUGAAGUGGAUAAGGAUGAAGAGAAGGUUGAAAAGGCUGAAGAGGAUAAGGUUGAAAAGGCUGAAGAGGAUAAGGAUGAAGAGAAGGUUGAAAAGGCUGCAGAUGAUAAGGAUGAAGAGAAGAUUGAAAAAGGUGAUGAAAAGGCUGAAAAGAUUGAAGAGGACAAGGCUGAAGAGAUGAUUGAAAAGACAAAGGAGGAUAAGGGUGAAGAGAAAGUUGAAAAGACUGAAGAGAAGGUUGAAGAGGAAAAGGUUGAAAGAAAGGAAGGAGAGAAAGUUGAAGAGCCUGAGGAGGAAAUGGUCAAAGGAAAGGAAGGAGAGAAAGUUGAAGAGCCGGAGGAGGAAAAGGUUGAAAAGGUUGAAAGAAAGGAUGAAGAGAAAGUUGAAGAGAAGGCAGUCAAGGAAAAACCCAAAGUAAAGGAUGGAGAGAAGGUUGAGAAGACAGAAGAGAAGUCUAAAGAGGAAAAAGUUGAAGAUAGGAAGGCAGCAGAAGUAGCAAAGGAUGAGAAGGUUGAAGAGGUUGUAGAGCAGGCAGAGGAAAAGGUUAAAGGAAAGGCAGAAGAGAAGGAAGAUGGAGAGAAGGCAAAAGAGAAGGAAGAUGGAGAGAAGGCAAAAGAGAAGGAAGAUGGAGAGAAGGCAAAAGAGAAGGAAGAUGGAGAGAAGGCAGAAGAAGCAAAGGAUGAAGAAAAGAUUUCUAAAGAAAAAUCUGAAGAGAAAGAGGUUUCUAAAAUGAAAGAGCGUGAAGGGGCGAAUGGAGACUCACAGACAGGUGUCGAGCACGUUGAGGGUAAACCAAAAGAAAAGGCUGAAGAGGCAAAAGAUUCAGAAACCAAAGCAGUGAUGGAGGAAGGAACCAGUGAAACAACAGAGAUCACAGCUGAGAGAGACAAGACCCAGGUGGCUGAGGGUACAGAAACCGGGCCCAUGGAACAUAAAGAGACAAAGUUAACAGAAAGUGGAGCUAAGGAUGGAGCAGCCACCACAGGAAAAGGCCAGUAAACAGGGUAAAGGGCAUUUAGCUCCAGAAAUUAAUGGCAAGCAGAACACGGAACUGAAAGAACAAUGAGAAAUGCAUGUUGAUGGGGACACGUUUAAAGACAUGAAAAAUCCGAACAAAGUGUAUACUGAAAAAAAUAUGAGAUAAUCUCAGGGCAAUAAGCGGCUAAGCUAACAUUGCAUGAACAUUUGCACUGUUAAACAUUGGAGUCAUCACAGGCACUAGCAAUGGGGAUGUGUGGGGUAAAUCUGUACAAACACGGUGAAUAAAAAUUUCAAUCCAAAUUCCCAGUUCUUCAGAGUGACAUUAAUAUGUUCAGGAAAAAAAAACAACUUUGUCAAAGGUUGUAUUUACAAAGUAUAGGACAGUCUUAAUCUGCCUCAUAAAUGCCAAGUCUAGGAGAAAUUACAGGAGGAGAGGGAUCCUAAACAGGAUCUGGAAGCAGACUUGGUGAGGUGGGAAAACUUAAGGAGUAGAGAUCCAGGUUAAGCAGAUGUAAUGCCAGUUUUUCCUUAAACCAUGGUUGGCUUUCCAAUCCAAACAGACAAUAUGCUUAUUAAUUAGCUCCUACAUCUCCAUUGUUUAUCAUCAAUAUUAACAAUUUAGAUGAUAAUAUUGUAAAAUAUAUGAGCAAAUGUACAGGUGACGCUAAGACUGCAGGAGUAGUAGACAGUGAGGAAGCCGACUGAAGCUUCAGCAAGAUCUCAACCAGUUGGGAAAACAGGCUGAAAAAUAGCAGAUAAAUGUUAUGCAGACGAGUGUGAGGGCAGAGGGACCUGGGAAUAGAACUAUGUAAUUCCUUGGAAGUAGCAUCACAGAUAGAUAGGGUUGUCAAGAGAGCUUUUGGCACAUUGGCCUUCAUAAAUCAGAAGAUUGAGUACAGAAGUUGGGGUGUUACGUUGAAAUUGUAGAGGUCGGUGGGGCUUAAUUUGGAGUAUUGUAUGUAGUUCUAAUCACUGAAGUAAAUGAAAGAUGAGGAGAAAAAUUAGGUGAAUGGAAAAGAACAAAUAAACUGUUCAGUGGAAUGUUGGCUCCAAAAGGAACUAAUGAAGUACAUCAGAAUUAAUGUUGGCCAACGAGCCAGUAAUGGGAGGCAGCAUAGUAUCCAGAGGUAUCAAAGCCUUA